UUUCCAGAUACAUGUCUGGAUUUCAUUGCAUCUACUACUUGCUUUGGAGGUUAGUAGAAGUAAAUGCGCUUUUAUUCAUUACUGUUGGGAAGAAAUAGCAAGUUUUGCUUUAUUUUGAACAGCUUCUGAAAAAGCCGUAAUACGUCAUCGCGUAACCGGAAGAUAAUUAGCUCGAGAAGCUUUUUUCAGUGAAACACCAGCACCUAACGGGCUAUAGAGAAGCCAGCACCGCUCACUUUCCUCUUUGUGUUGAUGCACUUUAACCUUACACGAGAACCACAACAAUAUAUCCUAAGCCAGAUGUCCCCGUAAAGCUCCAGUUCACUGUGGAUGUAGUUGUUCCGCAUGGAGUCGGCGUUGAAUAGGUCGGCGAGGUGUUUCGUAGGCAAAAGCUCAUCCAGCUAAUGCUGCUAACCGCGUAGCUUUGGAAAGUGCUGUGUGGACCGAGGGAGCCGCUGCUGCAACAGAGGGAUACUGAGCGAUCACAAAGAAUGGGGCUCAUAUUCGCUAAAUUGUGGAGCUUCUUCUGUAAUCAGGAGCACAAAGUCAUAAUUGUUGGACUUGACAAUGCUGGGAAAACUACCAUCCUUUACCAGUUCCUAAUGAACGAAGUUGUCCACACAUCUCCCACCAUUGGAAGCAAUGUGGAAGAAAUAGUGGUGAAAAACACCCACUUCUUGAUGUGGGAUAUUGGAGGCCAGGAGUCUCUCCGGUCAUCAUGGAACACCUACUACUCCAAUACAGAGUUUAUUAUUUUGGUGGUGGACAGCACAGACAGAGAGAGGUUGGCUAUUUCAAAAGAGGAGCUCUACAGGAUGCUGGCUCAUGAGGAUCUCCGGAAAGCAGCUGUGUUGAUAUUUGCGAACAAGCAGGAUAUGAAGAACUGUAUGUCUGCAGCUGAGAUUUCUAAAUACCUCACCCUGAGCUCCAUCAAAGACCACCCCUGGCACAUACAGUCAUGUUGUGCACUUACUGGAGAGGGUUUAUGCCAAGGCCUUGAGUGGAUGACCUCGCGGGCUGGAUUAAGAUAACAUCUCUUUGCCAUUGCCUGACUACCUGCGCCACUCACAAGAUGGCUUCACAGCGCGUCUUGAUGGAUGUUUUUGUUUUUACGUUUUUUAAUGGACAAUGAUGGACCUUGAUCUCUUGGAACUGCAUAGGACAAGAGCAUUGAAAUACUUGUUACAGUGAGACUGCCUAAACAUGGGGUUAGCCUGGUUAUGGGAAAGUUUUUACUGUAAAGGAGAUUUUCAGUUGCAAUGGACAUGGAUCAUUGACACCUCAAACAUAUCAUCUAUGUACGCCAUAUACUUUACUUAUUUUGUGUGAUUUUAUUUUAUUUUUUUUGCCUUCAUCUAGGUGUGUUCACAUUCAGGAAAACAUGGAAAGGGAUGUGGGAUUUGCAGCAGUAUUUUUGACACUACUUUAAUUACACUACACUUUAUUUUACAUCAAGUUCUCAUUCUUUUGUUACAAGAGUUCAUAAGCUACACUGUGAUGCAAAUAAUCACAUUUAAUUAAUAAUGGUUGUGAUACAAUAAUGUUGUGAUGAAAUUGCCCUUCUUAACAUUGAGCCUGUAAAUGAUUGAACCAUAUGGUUUGCGUUACAUUUUAGUAUCUCCCUAAUGCAAAUGGAAUCUACUUUAACAAAGCAUGAUUUGGCUGCAACAGUAAGUCAACAAUACAAUGCCUGUGUAAAGGUUUUAGUUAAAUGUAUUUUAUGUAUUUUGUUAAUUGUGUUUCAGUUGUAUUUAAUUUUUUAAGUUCUGUAAGCUGUCAGGCGGUGCCGAUGCAGACUUUAGUAUUGCAAGAUUUUGGUGCUCUGCAAAUAUAAGUCAUUGUGUCCCAAAACAUUUCAUUCAUUUGACUGUAGCGAUUGGGACAUUCAUUCAGACAUAACUAUGUGAUGUUUCUAAAGGGAUUACAUAGAUUCCUUGUCUUGGUGGACAAAUGAAAACUGCUCUUGUACCACUUAGGCAGUUUGCUGCCAUGUGCCACAUUAAAGACUCUUGUAUGGAA